GCAGCAGGCUCCCUCCCCCUUUCCUUUCCUGUUUGUUAAAACACACACACUCCCUCUUCUUUCUCUCAUUCAGUAUCUAACGGAGCAUCCAGCUUUGUGUGGCAGGGAUUGUCAGUCACUCUCCUGGAGGAAGCUCUGAGUGCCUGCAGGCUGGCAGGUCAAACUGUUCCUCCGGGAUGAAGCACAUUCCAGGAGCACAGUCAGCAACAUGAUUUUUUUUGUUUUCCAAGAGUUAGUUUUAGAAAUCCUGCUUGCUAUAGGUUGAUCCACGCAGAGAGAGAAAACGGAAAGGAAAGGACGGACCCCCAUCCCAAACAGCGAUGAGACAGUAACUCCAGAGGUGACGUUACAGACCUCCCCCCUCUCCUGAAAGGACACACCAGACAUGGGGCUGCUGAAGCAAACCAACAGCACCCUGGUGAUGGAGGAGCCGGUUCUGGAUGAGAAGCUGCCACUAGGCUGGCACUCCAAUGGCACUGUCACUCUUAGCCAGGGUCUCCAAGGUUCCAGCAGCAUCAUGAUGGACAGUACCAAGAUCCUUGGGGUCCAGAUCAUAUUGAUUGCAGCCUAUUCCUUAAUAAUUCUGCUGGGAUUCAUUGGCAACUCCCUGGUGAUCUAUACGAUAGUGAAAUAUAAAACCAUGAGGACUGUAACCAACUUUUUCAUCGCUAACCUGGCCGUGGCAGACCUCAUGGUGGACACUCUCUGUUUGCCUUUCACCUUGGUGUACACGCUACUGGAUGAGUGGAAGUUUGGGGCUGUUCUUUGUCAUCUGGUCCCUUAUGCCCAAGCUUUGAGUGUCCAUGUGUCCACCCUCACCUUAACUGUGAUAGCUCUGGACAGGUAUAGAUGCAUUGUUUUCCACUUGAACAGCAGGAUCUCCAAGAGGCUCAGUUUCAUGAUCAUAACCAUUACAUGGUUGACUGGUGCAGUCCUGGCUGGCCCGCUGGCCAUCUUCAGAGAGUACAGGCAUGAGGAAAUCCCAUCCAUCAACCUCAAAAUAGCCGUCUGUUCUGAAAAGUGGCCUUCCGGAAAUAACAGAGAUGCCACCAUUUAUAGCCUUUCCAUGCUCCUUCUGCAGUACAUCCUUCCACUUGCCAUUAUUUGCUAUGCCUACAUCAGGAUCUGGUUCAAGCUGAAAAAUCAUAUCAGCCCCACCUCCAGCAGCGACAGCCAGUGCAGGAGGAAGAAGACAACAAAAAUGCUAGUGAUGGUGGUGGUGGUGUUCGCAGUUUGCUGGCUCCCCUUCCACAUCUUCCAGCUUGCCAUCGACCUGGAUUUGGUGCUCGUCUUCCGUGAGUACAAACUCUUUUACACCGUCUUCCAUGUGGUGGCCAUGUGCUCCACAUUUGUAAACCCCCUGCUCUAUGGGUGGAUGAACAAGAACUACCGGAACGGGUUCCUCACGUUCUUCAGCUGCCAGAACAAGCCUGAGAGUAUCUACACUGACGGCUCAAUUAGACGCCGGUCUUACACCUUCAAGGCCACCACUUUGAAUGGGAGCAUCAAGCACUCCGCUGGCAAUGGGCAGCUGCCGACAGAGGUAUAGAGAUGAGAAACCCAUUAUCCACAGGGGAAGAGACUGGUUGACCCUGAACAGUUCCUCCCAGGACUGAUACCUUUUAGAGAGAAAUGUUGUGUUGCCAAAAUAUUGUAGCUACCGUAGCCAAAUGGAAGCACCUACUGUAUCUAUCAAAACAAUCAACUGUCCAUUCUGUCUUAUGAAACAGGUUAAGUAUUCUGUCCUCUUAGUUCUGUGCUUACUUGUCCAUAAGUACAGAGAGCACUUUGUUUGUACGUAAGCAUGGAAACAUGUGUUGUACAGAGGAUAUUUCCAUUUAAAAAGUGAGAUGAUUCUCUUCUGCUAUUUGUUGUGAAAAAGCUUCCAUUCAUUGAAAUAAGAUCCAUCACCAAUAUGGAAUCUAUUGAGACUGGUGCCCAUUAAAUAUAUUCUUGUA